UGGGAGCUCUCGAAUCGCCAUUUGGGCCACACUUUGCCAAGACAUCUGGACCACAGGGGGUCUGGGGGUCCUCCUUUUCCAGCCAGGGUUAGGGUUAUAUCAUCGACAAGACAGGCUGCAACGGCCCUCGUCCUUAUUAGUUCCACUCCGGACCUGAACAAGGCUCGAUGGAAACCGCCAGUCAACAGCCAUCCAACCACGCUGGCGGCACAACGGGCAGACCAGUACUCCGUAACGGUACUGAUACAUGCUCCCACUUCCAAAGCCUCUUCCGCCCUGCAGGAAGGUUGUGGCUGGUUUGACAAGACUAGUGAAGCUGGUCUAGAUGCUGCACCGAGUUCGAUCACAGACGGCUUGCUGGCGUGCCAACAAUCGAGGCCAGCACGUGCGGCGGUAGUCGAUGCCCCGUCUCACAUGGUCUGCUGGGCAAAGGAAAAAAACGGGUAGCUCCAUGGUUAGCCAGAUGCUGAAACUAUGGCACAGUCAAUCCGCAGGAUAUGUGCUUUGAUACCCGGCGCAAGCAGCGGACCCAGGAAUUGACCCAGAAACUGCAGGAACUGGGCCACCGCUCAGGAAUUACAUGCCCACGACUUGCAGUGCUGGCUGCUUGCUUGUUGGGCAAGCCUGCAACUGCGGUUUUGCUGACAACUUUGGACUUUCAGGUCUCGUCGACUUGGCUCAUACGACUGACUCCAGUGCCUUGGAUGGGCCUUCUACACUACCUAGGUACUACUGAAUACCUAGCUUCGGAUGGGUACCGCGGAGGCGCCCUAAUGCACGGCUCGGGAUAUGCCAUCCCUGACUCUUAGUUAGACCGAGACACGGCUGGGGGGCCCGGUCCAAGGAGCCCUCCCGAAUGGAAAACCAGGCCAGGUUAACUACUUGACUACGUUAUUCAACACAUUUGCGGCGGCCAAACAACUGGGGCUCUACCGCACCCCAUCUUGCUGCUGAGCUGUUCGUUCUGAUAUCCGUGGACCGAGAAACUUCCCAAACACUACGUCAUGACGAUGGCCUCAGACGACGGCCUCAGCUGCACCUUGUGGGGCGUGCCCGGUGUGAUAAAUGCCUCCCAGCACUUUAAAGUGCCUUGCAACAGGCAAUUACUCGGCUCAUUGCCCGUUGGGUGAUCAAAGCGGCGGCCGCUCUCAGACAGACUGGCCGCAAAAGUGGCGCUUCGCGGCUUACAGACGUCUAUGCGGCGUCGGCCCUCCCUUGAUCCGACUGCUCGGGCAUGGUGCCUUAGUUCGCGACUGCCGGGCCAGACACUGCGCGUACGCAAAAUUCAAGUCAUCCUGCGGAUUUACGGUAUAAUGUAUUGUUUGAAGCCGGGUCGGAACGGGGGUUGUCGAUCUGGCGUAACCUUAUACCACAGUACCUAGGGCUUGAGGCGUGUUUUAUUGCCCGCGCAGCUGAACCGCUGAGCCCUACACCCUUUGCUGACACGCAGCGGACAUCCCCACCUUCUCCCCAUACCCAGAUCUCCGGUUCCAAUCAUCAGUGCGGCUGGUACAUGCCUGCAAUCCCACCCGGGCUCAUUGUCAGCCUCACCUCUCAGUUGGCCAGGCCCCAUCCCAACAGCAGGUGGUUCGUGCCAAGCUCAGGUGACAGAUCGGACGGACAAGCUGGGCCGCCAAGUCCUAGGGCUGUACAAAGCACGCACUACUCACAGCUCGGCUGUGUCUUGCCGUGGAAAGCAUGGAGGUUACGGGUCGUCAGUCGUUGGAAGAGCUGCCAUGACCAGGGGCGGAUUUCCUUGUACCCCCCAGGCGUGCCAGGGUCCUUCACCCGAAUCCUCCAAGGGCGGGCGGGUCGGCCUUCGGUGGUGUCUUUACACGACCCGUUCGUUGGUUCAAACAGAAAUGUGAGGAAUAAGCGGCCGCAUCGACCUGCAUCCUUGUCGACGAUGUUCCCCCAAGUCUUGCCCGCGCCGCAAGCUGCAGCUAGGUCAGGCAGCACCAUCGAAAAGGGGCCCGGGUCCAAUGGAUAUGGGACCACGCCGCUGGGAAGCGUCUUGUUUCACUACCAUGCGCCGUGCGAGUACUAUCUGGGUACUGCCAAUGGUCUAGAUCUCGGGACCGACAAGAAGUUGCAUAAGUAGAGCGCGUCUGCACGGCGCGGAUGAGCACCCCAUAUUUACCCGAUCCUUUCUGCUCCUUUCAGCGUUGAUGUCCGCUCCCUAGGUAUCCCAAACCCCUUCUUCAUAUUGCGAGCCAGUCCUCCGCCAUGGCUUUUGAUCUUCCCUUUAUCAUAUUGUAUCUGGCUAUACCAAGCCUUCUCUUGUCCGCUGUACAGCAAGUUCUACAAUGGAGGAACAAGAAGGAACCCAAGUUCCCCGGCCCAACACAGUUUCCCCUCGUGGGAAGGAUCCAUGACCUACCCAGGUUUUCCAUGUGGAAAAAGUUCAAAGAGUGGGCAGACAUAUACGGCCCCAUCUACCAGACAAGUGUCCCCGGCUCGACUUUCAUCAUUAUCUCCGAUGAGCAGAUCGCAGAAGAACUUCUCGUCAAGAGGGGUCAUAUCUACUCGGGACGUCCGCAGAUCAGAGCGCUAUUCGAUCACAAAACGGGCAUUGAGUACCUCGCGUUGAUGGACCGCCAGGAUCACUGGCAGAAGCAGCGAAAAUGGGUCCACGCCGCUAUGGCCGAGGCCUACAAGCAUCAGUUCUACGGGCAUGUCGAGCAAGAAACUCAGCGGUACCUGAUGAUGCUCAUGUCGGACCCAGUCCGGUUCAUCGAUCACUCACGCGAGCACUGUGGCCGUAUCAUGUCGCGGCUGGCCUGGGACGAGGCCUCGCAGGGCAAGUGGAACGGCGAGAGUGCCAACGACACGUUGCACAACAUGUCAGUCUCGGGCCCCAUCGUCAACACGGUCACGCCGCUGUGGGAGAUUCCUGAGGCGCUGAACCCGUGGAAAAAAUAUGAGAGGCAGAGGAUGGGGGCACAGAAGGCCUGGUGGACGAGUAACUACAGGGUCGCCAAGGAAAAGUAUAAGAAAGGCCAACUGCCCAAAGACACGUGGGCAUACCGCUACAUCGAACAGGUCGAGCGAGAGCAGAAGGGCAGCCUGGAGCAGACCGAGGAGCAAGAGAACUUCGCGGCGUGCACCAUAGGGUUCUUCAACCUGGUUGGUGUGGUCACCAUUGCGGGGCCGCUCAAGACCUUCCUUCUGGCCAUGACGCUGCACCCCGAGUGGCAGAAGAAAGCCCAGGACGAGAUCGAGCGGGUCUGUGGUGACCGACAGCCCAAUUUCGAUGACUUUGCAGAUCUGCCUACCGUAAGGGCUGUUCUCAAGGAGACCAUAAGAUGGCGUUCAGGAGUUCCGCUGGGUGUGCCCCAUCAGGCAGAGAAAGAUGAUGAGUACCGCGGCGUCAAGAUCAAGAAGGGCACAAUUAUGCUUGCAUGCGAAUGGUCAAUCAACCGAGUUCCUGAGAGAUACCCAGACCCAGAGAACUUCCGUCCUGACCGGUGGCUCGACCCAUCGUUCCCGACGUACCAGGAGCCCCUGACCAAGUACCCCAACUUCCGCGACAGCAAGUUCGGUGCACACAGCUUCGGGUGGGGCCGCCGCAAGUGCCUGGGGAUGGACAUCGUGGACAUUGAGCUCUUCGUCACGGGCGCCUCGGUGCUCUGGGCGUUCAACUUGGAGCAGAAGACGUGCCCGAUGACGGGCGAGAAGGUGCCCAUCGAUGACCAGGCCACCAACAGCCACGUCAUCCUAGAGCCGUCGCCGUUCGAGGCGAAGAUCACCGUGCGCAACGAGCAGAGGAGACAGGCUAUCACCGAAGGUUAUGGGAAGGUUGCUGCCAAUCUUAAAGUGUACUAGAAUUUAGCGUAUUGAUUUGAUUGUGUUGAUGGGGCCAGGAUGUUUGCGGAUUAAGGAGACUGCUUCUUGUAACUGGAUUUUGGCCAUCAGAUUCCGAUGAGAGAUAUCCUGUUAGGCGUUGACGAUAGAGCAUUUUUGUUAUAACAUCAUCCAAGUACUAUGCUAUUCUUCGAGUCGAGAA